CGGAAUUGCACUCGCAUUGGCCAAACUACCUCCUUCCUCGCAAUUUCUCGUUUAGCCGCCUCCUCCCUGCACCAGUCGUCCGCUCCACUUCCGUCGACUCCUCUCUUUGCUUCUUCCUCUCUUUCCUACACUCUUUCUGCUACGCCGCUAUAAGAUCGGGAAAGGGAGGAGGAAGCACCAGCGUAGCCCAAGGCAAAAGGAGAAACAGCCAUGGAAGCGGUGGCUUUAUCUAGUAGGUUCCUCAACGCCGCUACCUGCCCUACUUGCCCUACUUGCAACCACAACCCUAUUUCUCACCUUCUGCCUCUUCCGCGUUCCGCCCGAUGCCGCCCGCACCUGCCCGCUCGGCCUCUCGCCGUCCGCUGCCUUCACACCCCCAACCCCAUCCCUGCCGCCCCUCGCCCCUGCUCCGCCGUGGCCUAUGACCGCGCCGCUCCCCCCACCCCAGUCGGCCACCGCCUCGGCCUCCUCGUGGACGAGUUCCGCUCCCUUCCGGAGUCUCUCGAUCGCGUCAAGCGCCUCCUCGCAUGCGCCUCCUCCCUUCCGGCCUUCCCCGAGUCCGACCGCGUCCCCGCCAACCGUGUCAUGGGCUGCACCGCCCAGGUCUGGCUCUCCGUGGCCAUGGAUGGCCUCGGCCGCAUGAGGUUCGCCGCCGACUCCGAUUCCGAGAUAACCAAGGGUUUCUGCGCCUGCCUCAUCUCAGUGCUCGAUGGCGCGCUGCCCGAGGAGGUGUUGGGUAUGACGCCGGACGAUUUUGGAGAUCUGAACGUGGUCGGGUUGUCGGUCCGGGCGCCCUCGAGGGUUAAUACGUGGCACAAUUUGCUGAUUAGCAUGCAGAAGAGGACCAAAGCUUUGAUCGCUAAGGAAGAAGGUCGCCCGCCAGUUGAGCCAUUUCCAUCCUUGAUCAUUGGCGCUGAUGGGAUCGAGGCCAAGGGGAGCUACGCCGAAGCCCAGGCAAUGUUCUUAUCUCCUGAUGGUUCAAAGAUCCAAGAAUUGGUGAAUGUGCUAAGAAAAAAGAAAAUUGGGGUAGUAGCACACUUUUACAUGGAUCCAGAGGUUCAAGGCAUUUUAACUGCAGCCCAAAAGUUGUGGCCCCACAUUCACAUAUCUGAUUCCUUGGUAAUGGCAGAUAGUGCUGUUAAGAUGGCAGAAGCUGGAUGUGACUAUAUCACAGUCCUUGGAGUGGACUUCAUGUCUGAAAAUGUUCGUGCAAUACUUGAUCAGGCUGGUUUUGAAAAGAUUGGUGUCUACAGAAUGUCCAGCGACAUAAUUGGUUGCUCUUUAGCGGAUGCAGCAGCUAGUCCAACAUAUAUGCAUUUUCUGGAGGCAGCAUCAAAUUCACCUCCUUCGUUACAUGUGAUUUACAUAAAUACUUCCUUGGAGACAAAGGCUUAUGUACAUGAGCUAGUGCCAACAAUCACUUGUACUUCAUCUAAUGUUGUCAAGACUAUAUUGCAGGCAUUUGCUCAGAUACCAUAUUUGAAUGUUUGGUAUGGUCCUGAUUCCUACAUGGGAGCAAACAUUGUGGAGUUGUUUCGUCAAAUGGCUGACAUGACAGAUGAAGAGAUAUCAAGAAUACAUCAAGAUCACAAUAGAGACUCUAUAAGAUCCUUACUAAGCAGGCUUUUCUACUAUCAGGAUGGUAACUGCAUUGUGCACCAUCUCUUUGGUCAUGAAGUUGUGGAGAGGAUAAAAGAACUUUAUUGUGAUGCUUUUCUAACAGCUCAUUUUGAAGUCCCUGGAGAAAUGUUUUCUUUGGCAAUGGAAGCAAAGAGGAGAGGAAUGGGAAUCGUAGGCUCCACCCAGAACAUUUUAGAUUUUAUUAAAGCUCAGUUACAGGAAGCUUUGGAUAGAGAUGUUGAUGAUCAUCUGCAGUUUGUACUAGGAACUGAAUCAGGAAUGGUGACUUCUAUAGUUGCUGCAGUUCGUGAUCUCCUGAAUUCAAAGAGAUUCAGUGCCAAUAUCAAAGUCGAGAUUGUUUUCCCUGUCUCAUCAGAUUCAGUAUCAAGGACUUCUCCAAAUGGUUCUCAGGGUCUAAAUUAUUCUAUAGCAAACGAUCAUGCCAAACUUGCUAUUGUUCCUGGUGUAACAGCGGGUGAAGGUUGCUCUAUCCAUGGAGGUUGUGCUUCUUGUCCAUAUAUGAAGAUGAACUCUCUGAGAUCCCUUUUGAGUGUUUGCCAUCAACUUCCUGACAAAGAUAACAUUAUUCAUGCCUAUGAAGCAAGCAGAUUUAAUUCAUCAACCCCUGGUGGAAAGUCAGUUGCAGAUAUUGGCUGUGAACCAAUUCUGCACAUGAGGCACUUCCAGGCAACAGGGAAACUACCUGAAAAACUCAUUAAUCAGAUCCUUCAUUCAGCCUGAUGGAGUAGCAGCAAGUAUAGAAUCAUAACAUCCUACGCAGACUCAUUCAAAGGUAUAGGUUGGAGCUCAAUAAAGGGUUUGGAAUGAAGACUCUGAAGUUGUCAAACUUGGGCCAACUAUUAGAAUUAAAUGAAUGCAGAGGAACUAAAUCAGAAAUAAAUUUUCAAUCAGUUUGAUUUGGAAGUCUAUCCAUCACGGUUUCAAUUUGAAAAUAUUUAAUAUUUUUUUACUUUAAUUGAAAUUUACAUGUUGUAUCAUAUCUAAUGGCUAAAUAGGAGAACAUGGAGCGAGGAAUAAUAGUAAACAACGUAUAUGCCCAAGGGCAAUAUAUUGAUCUCACUCUUUAUUUUUUGAAUUUACUAGGUGCUCUUAUGUAUUUAUUUAUUUAUCAUCGUGGACCUCUCUUUUAUGUUAGGCCUACCUCUUAAUUCUAAGUUAGUUUGAGAAUUA